CGUCCCCAUAUUUAAACUCGGCUGCCCAUUUAGUCUCGUCUUCGGCACUCGCCGCGUGUCACGCUCGACUCCAUCGCCAGCGGAACGCUUCGCUUCCUCUCUCCGAUUGCGUCUUCUCAAAAUUCCCAUUCCACUCCCAUUUUUCAACAACACAAAUUAUAUUAGAUUAGAUUAGAUUAGAUUGGAUUAGAUUGGAUUGUUGUUUCUCUGUUUUUGCUCUUCAAUUUUUUCAUUCUAAAAUUGAAAUCCGUCCUUCUCGCUGCCUUCGGAGAUCUCUCUCUCUCUCUCUCUCUGUAGCGAUGGCCAUCGGUUGGGGCACCUUCAAUAUAAGAGGUAAUUAGCCAACCGCCUUGUUCGCAUCUCACGCGAACCUCGCAUCGCCUGGUUUUGGUUUUGGUUUUCACUCUAAUAUUCUAAAUCUUCUGUUUCCACCAACAAUUUGGAUCAAUGAAACGUCCGGCCGACGUCACUAUCACUGCCACCGCCACCUGUUCGCCGCCACCGUCAUCUUUAGAUCCCUCUGUUUGAUCCUUCUUGUGUGCUGUUGUUUUUUGUUUUUCUCUUUUUUUUUGCAAUUCCCUAUGCAUUCUUUCUGCUGCGUCUCAACUGUCUCCGACAACUCUCCUUCCUCCAAGCAAUCGCCGUAUCCGAUGCCGGAGCUCCACAUAUCACCGGCCUCCCCCGCGGUUUCCCUCGCAUCCAGAUCCGAUCCGGCCAAUCGAAUUUCUCAUAAUCGGAGUCUCAGUAGUAGCGAUGCCGGACGCCUUAGCCAGCGGAGCAUUUUUGCAGCUGAGAUGGUUGGGCGACAUUCGUCCGCUAGGGAGCCUCCCGUUGACGUCAAGAUCAACGAUAUCGUUGGGAACGGUAUCUGUGGUAUACUCUACAAGUGGGUGAAUUACGGUAAAGGUUGGCGUCCACGUUGGUUCGUGCUUCAGGAUGGCGUUUUAUCAUACUAUAAGAUUCAUGGACCCGACAAGAUCGUCGUCAAUGAGGAAACAGAGAAGGGAUGCAAGAUCAUCGGCGAGGUGUCGAUGCGGAGGAUUUCGAGGCAUAAGAAUGGGUUGUCUAAUCACCACCACCUGCCCCCACUCAGGCGCAAGCCAUUUGGGGAAGUUCAUCUCAAGGUUUCUUCAAUUCGUGAAAGCCGAUCAGAUGAUAAGAGGUUUUCCAUAUUCACUGGGACAAAGAGACUUCACUUGCGGGCGGAGACCCGUGAGGAUCGUGUGGCAUGGAUGGAGGCAUUGCAGGCAGUGAAAGAAUUAUUCCCGAGGAUGUCAAACAGUGAACUCAUGGCACCUAUGGACUACUUGUCUGUGUCAACAGAGAAGCUUAGAAAGCGGCUUGCAGAAGAGGGCGUCAGUGAAACAGCCAUUCAGGACACUGAAAAUAUUAUGAAGAGUGAGUUUGCUGCAUUGCAAGACAAGCUCGUGUUGCUUAGGCAGAAGCAGUGGCAACUUAUCGACACACUGCGGCAUUUAGAGACAGAAAAAGUUGACUUGGAGAACACAGUAGUUGAUGAGAGCCAGAGACAGUCAAAUGAUCCUCGGGCUCUGUCUGGUAUGCUGGAAAAGUAUAGUGAUGCAAGUGCAAGUGUAACUGAAUCUGAUGAUGAUAAUGAGAGAGUAGAUGCUGCAGAGGAAGAAACAGACGAUGAAGAAAAUACUUUUUUCGACACUCGAGAUUUUUUAUCAUCAAGUUCAUUCAAAAGUAAUGGAUCCGAUUACAGGAUAUCAUCUUUUUCUUCUGAUGAUGAAAGGCUUUCUGCAGUUGAUACCGAGGAUGAAGUGGAUCCAUCAAUUAGAUCUGUUGGAACUAAUUAUCCUUAUGUUAAGCGGCGCAAGAAAUUACCUGAUCCAGUUGAAAAGGAGAAGAGUGUCAGUCUUUGGUCAAUGAUUAAAGACAACAUUGGAAAAGAUCUCACUAAAAUUUGUCUACCUGUUUUCUUCAAUGAGCCUCUUUCUUCCCUGCAAAAGUGUUUUGAAGAUUUAGAGUAUUCAUACCUCAUUGAUCGGGCAUACGAAUAUGGUAGAAGGGGUGAUAGCCUCAUGAGGAUUCUUAACGUAGCUGCAUUUGCUGUAUCUGGGUAUGCUUCAACAGAAGGAAGAAUUUGCAAACCAUUUAACCCACUGUUAGGGGAAACUUAUGAGGCUGACUAUCCAGAUAAAGGCCUCAAGUUUUUCUCGGAGAAGGUUAGCCAUCAUCCAAUGGUAGUUGCAUGCCACUGUGAGGGUAAAGGGUGGAGAUUUUGGGGGGAUAGCAAUUUGAAGAGCAAAUUUUGGGGUCGUUCAAUUCAGCUUGAUCCUGUUGGUAUAUUGACUUUAGAAUUUGAUGAUGGAGAAGUCUAUCAAUGGAGUAAGGUGACAACGUCAAUUUACAACCUGAUACUGGGAAAGCUGUACUGUGAUCAUUAUGGUACGAUGCGUCUACAGGGAAAUCGUGAAUACUCGUGUAGGCUCAAAUUCAAGGAGCAGUCCAUUAUUGACCGGAAUCCACACCAGGUACAUGGUAUAGUUCAAGAUAGAACUGGAAAGACAGUUGCUACAUUAUUUGGAAAAUGGGAUGAGAGUAUGCAUUAUGCGAAUGGGGACUGUUCUAGGAAGGGAAAAGGAUCAGAUUCUGUAUCUGAAGCCCGCUUACUGUGGAAACGAAGCAAGCCACCAAAAUUUUCUACUAGAUAUAACUUCACGAGCUUUGCUACGACUUUGAAUGAGCUGACCCCAGGCUUGAAGGAAAAAUUACCUCCUACAGAUUCGAGGCUCAGACCUGAUCAGAGGUAUUUAGAAAAUGGAGAGUACGAAAUGGCUAAUUCAGAAAAGUUGCGAUUGGAGCAGCGCCAACGGCAGGCUCGGAAUAUGCAAGAACGAGGUUGGAAACCAAGAUGGUUCACAAUGGAUAAGGGAAGCGAUACGUAUCGCUACAUUGGCGGGUAUUGGGAAGCCAGAGAGCAGGGAAAAUGGGACUCAUGCCCUGAUAUAUUCGGUCAGAUCCCUACUGAUCAGCAACUCGAGUGAGUUGAACAGUUUUUUUGGUUUUUUUGGUUUUCUUUUUUUCUUCUUUUGUUAAUUCUUUUUUCAAAUAUUUUUACCGGAUGAGUAGCCAAUAGCAUGCUCAUUCGAGUGGUUAUAGUAUAGCAACUGCCACUCGAUGUGGUUCCAAGUUAAAUUAGAUUGAAGAUGCUGGGCAGCCAAAAACGAAAUUAGAAAAGAAGAAAAAAAAAGAGAGAGAGCAGCAGAAAUUUGUCAAAGGAUCUGGCUGGCAUCUCACGUGUUCUUGUUAGAUCAUUUUGGCUUGCAGCCAUUAGGUGGAAACGUAUCUUUUUCACAGCAAAGUGUUGAAUGAAAUCAUUUGUAGAAUUAUUCGGGUACAUAUAUAUAUAUAUAUAUAUCUCUCUUUAAUGACUUA